AAACAUAGAUGAUCGUCACUCGGUUGCUUCUCCCUGAAUCCCACAGUGAAUCGAUAGCAGAGCCUCAGUUGUCGCUGACGCAAGAAUCGUCCACCCGCUGGUCUACCAUCCUGCCGGCGGCUCACACGUCCAGUUGGAAGAAAUCCUGUCCUGGGUCAGAAGAGCCAGCACCAUGGCAGUUCAGCUGAGUCCAGAUGAGAAGUUCGACCUCAUCUCGAGGAACCUUCAGGAGGUCCUUGGAGAGGAGAAGCUGAAGCAGGUUCUUCAGGAGAGGGAGCUGAAAGUUUACUGGGGAACAGCAACCACAGGAAAACCCCAUAUCGCUUACUUCGUCCCGAUGUCCAAGAUCGCAGACUUCCUCAAGGCGGGUUGUGAGGUCACCAUUCUCUUCGCAGACUUGCAUGCCUUCCUCGACAACAUGAAGGCCCCCUGGGAGCUGCUGGAGCUCAGGGUGAAGUACUACGAACAGGUCAUCAAGGCUAUGUUGGAGAGCAUCGGCGUGCCUCUGGAUAAUCUCAAGUUUGUCAAAGGAACGGACUUCCAGCUCAGCAGAGAGUACACUCUGGAUGUGUACCGCCUGUCCUCCAUGGUGACAGAGCAUGAUGCUAAGAAGGCCGGAGCUGAGGUUGUCAAACAGGUGGAGCAUCCUAUGCUGAGUGGACUUCUGUACCCUGGACUGCAGGCUCUGGAUGAGGAGUACCUAAAGGUGGACGCCCAGUUUGGAGGAGUGGACCAGAGGAAGAUUUUCACCCUGGCAGAGAAGUACUUGCCGUCUCUCGGUUACGCUAAACGGGCACAUCUGAUGAACCCGAUGGUGCCGGGACUGACGGGAGCCAAGAUGAGCUCUUCAGAAGAAGAUUCAAAGAUUGACCUGCUGGACUCCAAAGAAGACGUGAAGAAGAAGCUGAAGAAGGCGUUCUGUGAGCCCGGUAACAUCCAGAAUAACGGCGUCCUCUCCUUCGUCAAACACGUCGUCUUCCCUCUACGUGGAGAGUUCCGUAUCAAAAGAGACCCCAAGUGGGGUGGAGAGAAAGUCUACACCGUGUUUGAGGAGGUGGAGAAGGAGUUUGCUGAGGAGCUGAUUCAUCCAGGAGACCUGAAGGCCUCGGUGGAAGUCUCGCUAAACCAACUGCUUGAUCCAAUCCGAAAGAAGUUUGAGUCGCCGGAGCUUCGCAAGCUUACAAACACUGCCUACCCGAACCCCUCAAAGACAAAAUCAGGAGGAAAAGGUGCCAAAGCAGGAGGAGGAGGAGAGGAUGAUGAGCUGGCUCCCUCCAGACUGGACAUCAGAGUUGGCAAGAUCAUCAGUGUGGAGAGGCAUCCAGACGCUGAUUCGCUUUACCUGGAGAAGAUCGACGUGGGUGAGGCAGAGCCGAGGACGGUGGUCAGCGGUCUGGUGGCCUACCUUUCCCCGGAGGACCUGCAGGACAGAAUGGUGCUGCUGCUGUGCAACCUGAAACCCCAGAAGAUGCGAGGCGUCGAGUCUCAGGCCAUGUUGCUGUGUGCCGCCAUUGAAGGGGAGCCAAGGAGGGUGGAGCCACUCGACCCUCCAUCGGGUUCAUCUCCAGGUGAACGUGUCUUUGUGGAGGGAUAUGAGACGGGCAAAGCAGAUGAGAGACUCAACCCGAAGAAGAAGGUGUGGGAGAAACUGCAGGUUGACCUGAAGGUGUCAGACGGGUGUGUAGCUCAGUGGAAAGACAAUCAGCUGAUGACCAAACUCGGACAGAUCACAUGUAAAACACUGAAAGGGGGCAACAUCAGUUAAAUUCACUCACAUCACCAAAGCAGCUCCUGCUGACUACCUUACAUCAAAAUUACCGUCAUCACUAAAUUGCCAUGGCAACAACAGUCCAACCUCAUCUGGAUGUUUUCUUGGAGAAAUGAGACAUUGAUGCUUUGAAGAAAUCUGUUACCAUGCUUUGUCUUAAGGAUAUUUAAUCGUCACUGGGUCACUCGUGAUAAGAAUUUUACUAAUCAGCCGCUGUUUCAUUAGUUCCUCUUUAUUUACUGGGUGUUGCUGGUUUUAUUACAAAUACAACACAUGUUCUGCAAAGUGGCGAAACUGGGCCUAUUCUGAUGGAAGGAAUGAUUUACUUGAACGUUGAAGCAUCAGAUUCUCAUCCCUGGAAGUAGAUGAUAAGGAAUCUCAGGUGUUUUAAAUAGGGACUUAAAGUUUCAGUGCUUCUCUUGGUGUAAGAUCAAAGUGUUAUUAAUUUGCCUCCAGGGUAAAUAUCAGGGCAGCGGAAAGCAAUUUACCGAACCAUAUAAGGUUUUGUGGGUUUCUGACAUCAAACAUGGUGGGGGGACUAUUUGCCAAGUGAUAUAGGUUGGGUGCAAUUGGUGCAGUGUUGUACAUUAAAUCAAACUCUGGACAUUAACUGUAAAACGCCAAUAAUACAACAUGUCAUAUUUGAAAUAAAUGUGGAAGGCAGUG